AUGCUCAAUAUUCAUGAUGCCUUACCUAAAAAUGGAGCUGAAUCAGAUCCUGAGUCGGCUUCUGCCUCUGUUUCUGGCUCGUCUCGACGUCAGGAAAGCAUUCUUUCACCCCAUAACUCGAUAUUCAAAGCAUUACAUAAUCCGGAGUUGGAUUUUGAAGUGUCCCCGACCACCGCUAUUCCUGAAUUUUCGGUGUCUUCUUGGCAGCCCGUGUCUAGAUUGAGUCCGGAUCCAAUUAGGCAGCAGCAACGUCCUUUUGAAGGUGUAGACUCGAGCUUUGUUUUGUUAAGUGAAAGCCCUAAUGUUGGAUCAGUGUUAUCGAGUUCUUCUGAUUUGGACGACAGAAGUAUUGAUGAUCAUAUCAGCAGUCGAGUAACCACGUUGCAUUCACAACGGCUCACAGCAACAUCUUCACUAGCCGUUUUAAGACCGGAUGAGGACUGUGAGAGCCUAGAUAUGUCUGAAACCGAUUCGUCCUCUCUAUCCUUUGAAUCCUCCACUAUAAUUCCCUCUUUUGUAAUGCCAAGGGUCUCUAUUCCGUCGCUGGAUGUUACGACAAACUCAGACAGCUUGUCAGUGAUGCCUCUUAACAUUCAAGUCAUUGGUCAAGAUAAUCACGGAUUGAUAUCUCGCCUAAGUGGUUAUAAGAAGACUCUUCGCCACGUAUCCUUUCAGGCAAGCAAUCAGCCUUCACCUAAAUUGAUUCUUAUGAUUGUCAGUCAGGAUAAUUACCUCCUACCGCAAAUCACCAAGAAACCGUUUAUUCCGAUUCUGCUGCAGACCAGUACAGAGGCUGCAAUAUCAGUGGAUAAGUUGUCCAGCCAGUAUAUGAUAUGCAAGCCUUUGAGAUUGAAGUCCAUAAAGGACGAUCUCAUGGUUUUGAUCGAUUUUCUUAGCUGCUUAGACAGAAAUUGUGAGCUUCUCACUUCACUGCUAGACAAUGGUCGAAUUGGUUAUUCCAUGAAAUUAAAUAGCGUGAACUCCGUCUUGAUUGAAAAUAGCACCACAUCGGAUCUUUCCUUACUCUGCGCAGAGUUAAAGAAUCAAUCCGUCGGCACCAAAGAUCCGUCACUGGUUGAUAGUGAUAGACGGCAGCACGACGGCAGACACGAUAACAGUUCACAUAAUCAAAGAUUAAGGGCCAGAUUGUUUUUAGGCUUCACUUUUGGUAUAGUUUCCAUGACACUUAUUGUGAUCUGGAGAGAACUAACCUCUGUAGAGACAAAAAAUUCUGGAGCACCUGAGAUAAUUGAAAAGAACAGCAGAAGUAUGGGAUCUCGAAUUAGGUCUACGUUUAUUUCCUUUUCAGAGAGGCCGUUUGAAUCCAAAUACAAAAGUGAGUCUUCAUUUGUGGAAAACGUUAGUGAUAUAUGGCAGAAAUUGGACCGUUGGAAUGAGUUUCUGUUUUUAAAGCUGGACUACUUAGCAGAAGAGAUAGCCAAUCUUGGGAGAUUUUUCACCUCUGAAGGGUAUCUAUUGAUUCAGAGGGCCAAGUUCGCCUUGCUUAAUUUGCUAACCUUUGUUGACUGA